AUGAACAAGCGUGGAUACGAAUGCAGUCAAGAGGAUACAGACAACUUGCCUGAAUCAAAGAGACAAAAAGUACCUGCUUUAGCAAGUGUUAUUGUGGAAGCUGUUAAGGUAGAUAGUCUGCAGAGGCUUUGCUCAUCUUUGGAGCCAUUGUUUCGCAGAAUUGUUAGCGAAGAGGUGGAACGAGCCUUAUCAAGGUUGGGAAAUGCAAAGUUAGCUUCAAGGUCACCGGAACCAAAGAGGAUCCAAGACCGCGAUGGAAGAAACCUGCAACUUCACUUCAAGACGCGUAUGCCUCCUCACUUAUUCACAGGUGGGAAAGUCGAAGGAGAGCGAGGCUCGGCCAUUCAUGUGGUUCUUACUGAUGCAAACACAGGAAACGUAGUCCAAACAGGAGAAGAGUCAGCUAUAAAGCUGAAUGUUGUUGUGUUAGAAGGAGACUUCAAUGAUGAGGAGGAUGAAGAUUGGACGAGAGAGCAUUUUGAGAGCUUUGAAGUGAAAGAGCGAGAAGGGAAACGCCCAAUCUUGACCGGUGACACACAGGUGAUGCUUAAGGAAGGUGUGGGAACUUUAGGGGAACUUACUUUUACAGACAACUCGAGUUGGAUUAGAAGCAGAAAGUUUAGGCUUGGUGUUAAGUCAGCUCCAGGGUAUGGUGAUAGCUUUAGCAUCCGUGAAGCCAAAACAGAACCUUUUGCUGUUAAAGACCAUAGAGGAGAAUUAUACAAGAAACACUAUCCACCGGCUUUACACGAUGAGGUCUGGAGACUGGAUAGGAUAGCGAAAGACGGAGUGUUACACAAGAAGCUAUUGAAAGCUAACAUUGUGACAGUCGAAGACUUCCUUCGAAUCCUUGUUAAGGAUCCACAGAAGCUGAGAAAUUUGCUUGGGAGUGGAAUGUCGAAUAGAAUGUGGGAGAACACAAUGGAGCACGCAAAGACAUGCGUGUUGGGUGGGAAGCUUUAUGUUUAUUACACUGACCAGACUAACGCUACAGGAGUUGUCUUCAACCAUAUCUACGAGUUUCGAGGACUAAUUGCAAAUGGACAGUUCCUAUCUCUUGAGUCUCUCAACCAUGACCAAAAGAUUUCUGCAGACAUUCUAGUGAAGAUGGCUUACGAGAACUGGCAUAAAGCUGUUGAAUACGACGGUAAGCUCUUGAAUUGCUUACCAGUCGCCGAGAAGGAAACAAAACUGGCCACGGCACAAACAGCUCAGAACCAUCUACAGAUUCAUAACCAGAACAAUAGACAUUCUGUGCAAUGUCAUCAAAAUGUUAUUACCUAUUCGUCGGUCCCUCAACCGAUGGAAUAUCCUCAGUUUGUGCAGCAGCAACAUUGCAGCCAGUUAUUACCUUCACUACCUUGCGAUGUACAAGAUUACAACAGGUCGAUGGAGAGUUCCAAUUCUUCAGGGUCUUACAAUGGUGAAGAUUGGUGUCGACCAAGAGCUGCUACAGGACAAGGUCUUGAAGACAUUUUCAGUGAAGAAAUCAGACUAAGGAGCUCUGAGAUGCUUGAAACUGACGAUAUGCAGAGACUGUUGAAGACUUUUGGCAUUGGUGUGAACACUAAUGUAGAAACUCAAGGCGGGUUUGGUCAGACCGAUGAGUCUUGUUACGGUUACAGCGUACCGUACCAAGCUCAGGUUGAUAACACGUACAGGAGAGAACGUAACAGAGGAUCUGGAAAAGCUGUGGUGGGAUGGCUUAAGCUUAAAGCUGCAUUGAGAUGGGGUAUCUUCAUACGCAAGAAAGCUGCAGAGAGGAGGCCUCAGAUUGUGGAGAUCGAGUGA